AGAUGUUUUAGUGAGGGAUGAAGAAGAAGGCGAACAUCUUCGAGCUGCCACCGAAGUGUCCGGCACUGGCGAACAAAAUAACCGGCAUCUUCGGAUGGCGUCACACGUAUCAGGUGCACCAGCGCCAGAAAGGCAUACCGCACUGCAGCCAGUAUCUGUACAAGAGCUACUCGCUCAACCUACCCCGGAAGGUGGGCAGCUGCGAAACGCUGGAAACAGGAUCCGACGGCACGGUGGAGGUGGACGGGUACGGUGUCGGCGGUGGCCGGUCAGCAUCUUCGUCGUCUACCCGUGGUACCGCCUACCAGUACCGGCAUGGUGGUACCAGUAACAGCUGUUGCACCGAACCUGGCACACCGAACUGCGAAACAAAUCCAGACACAUGGGUAGUUGUACAUCACCUUCAGUCACAGUCCGGAAUUCUCGACCCGGAAGAUCACAUCAGCGAUGUGGCUGACGACCGGGAAGAAAUCAUUGCACACUACGAAGAUGCCGCAGUUGGGUUGGAUCCGGGCGUACAGCAAGGUGGUGGUGAUGGUGCGAGCGGCAGCUCCGUUGGUACAGGAAGUCCCGACAUCUUCCAGACAUCCGGUCCCGGAAGCAAAGUGGUAGUGGGUGGUCCCGGCAGUGAACCUGCCCCGGACGGUGGUGUCGUUACGGUGACUGGAACGGGAUCAGUCAUUAAUAGCAACCCGGACAACAUGGUAACCGUCGGUGGGCCAGGUUCCGGACCGGGUGUACCAGGACCGGGUGGUGCAUCCUGCAUCGAGGUGUUUGCAAACGAACCAGCACCACUCGGGCUAGGGCUGCAGGUGCGGCGUGGCAGUGAACCAUCGCUACAUCAGAUCGGUGUAACGGAACAGCGCAGUCCAUUGUACAACGUGAACCCGAACGGGAACCACCAGGGCACAAGUAAACGGUGGUCAGCUGCACCGGUCUGCCGUAGCGACAGCGAUCCACCGCCGGAUCGUUUGCUUUCGCCGCAACAAAAUGGUGGCGGUCCACCGUACCACUACCACCACCAUCAUCAUCUGCUCGCGGAGGAAGAGUGGAACGUACCGGAGGAGGAUGGACAGCAGCAGCACGACAGUCUACUGCCACAGGCGUUCAAUCGUUCCGGGCGGCUAUCGAUGCAAUUUCUCGGUGCGGAAGCGGGCACCGGCUAUCGGUGGAUGGAUGCGGCGGAGAAAGCAGCCACAGCUGCAGCCAAUACUGCCUCCUCUUCGUCCAACUCUUCCUCCUCGGCGGCACACAAUCAAUCCGCACACGGGUACGGGUAUCAGACGUAUCAGAGCUACGUGCAGCAGCAGGCAAAACAGCAGCAACAGCAGCAACACAGCUCGUUCCAUUCCGAGAGCGAUACGAUGGUGAUGGGCAGAGGUGGCAACAAUAGCUUCAUGUCCAAAUCACUGCCGAGGGAAUCAACGCGCAAGGAACCGCUCGGACAGGCAAAAGCAUCCGUGUACGAUUCGAUAAGGGAAAAGGAUAGUGAAAUGCUGCUGGUGGUGAACGAAACGGGCGGCCCGCUAGGACUCACGGCCAUCCCGGACAUGGAACGGGGUGGGUUGCUGGUGCAGAGCGUAGAACCAGGCAGUCGGGCCGAACGGGGCCGAUUGCGGCGGGGCGAUCGGAUCCUCGAGAUCAACAACAUCAAGCUCGUCGGACUCUCGGAAAGUUCCGUGCAGGAACAUCUAAAGAAGAGCCUCGCAUCGACGGAGCUACGAUUGCGGGUGGUACGAGGUGGCGGUGGUGGUGGCAGCAGCAUCCGAAACCGCGGAAAGGCAGAACAGCAGUUUGGUGGCCGGCUGGUGAAGAGUGGUAGCGGACCACGCUAUCCACGUGACAACCGUGUCGGGCAGCAGAUGAUGAUCGAGGCAGAAGAAAAGCCAACGUCGGCAGCGAAGGUGGCAACGGUUUCGCCGACCCGUAAGAUACCGGGUGCACCGUCGACCGGUACAAGCCUCCAGGUGGCAAACACGCGCAAGUUGGGUAAGCGGAUAGAGAUUACGCUCACGAAGGGUGACCAUGGGUUAGGCUUUUCGGUGACGACGCGUGACAAUCCGGCCGGUGGCCACUGUCCGAUCUACAUCAAGAACAUACUGCCCAAGGGUGCGGCUGUGGAGGAUGGCCGGCUAAAGCCGGGAGACCGGCUGCUGGAGGUGGAGGGUAUACCGAUGACGGGCAAAUCGCAGACGGAGGUCGUUUCGAUACUGCGCGGUACGCCGCACGGUGCAACGCUGAAGAUUGUGGUGUCCCGUCAACAGGAGCUAGCGGUUGAUGUGAAGGAGCGUGAAAUAGGUUUUAGUGUAGAAAGUGAACCAAAGAAUUCGCCACCGAAACCACCGCCACCAGUGAUGCCAAAGUCAUCGCUAAAGCAAUCGAACAGCAGCAGCAGCCUAGCGAAAUCCGCCGACCCUAUGUACGGCGAUGGAACGGAAGGCGGUGGUAGUGGUAACAACAGGACUGGGGUAGCAAACUGUCGCUCCAUGCCAAAGCUUGGUCCUGGUGCGACUGGUACGUCCUCACCGAAAACACCCACCGUCCAGAAGAAACCGCUCGCCUCCAUACUGAAGUCAGCGUCCACGAAUCACGUUGCGGAAUUGCUGCAACAUCAUCAGCACGAUUCAGGUGGCGGUGGAGGAGGUACGGUGGGUCGUGGUGGUGCAGUCGGUGGUAAUAUUAGCAAUGGCAGUGUGACGUCCAACAAUAGCAGUAACGGUGGUGCUGGUGGAGAGUUAUUAGCCGGUGCAGCGUGGAAGAACCGGGAGAUUCUAACGCUCCACAUACCGGUUCACGAUACGGAGAAGGCUGGGCUGGGUGUGAGUGUGAAAGGCAAGACGGGUUCGGGUAAUUGUAGCAGCAGCACUAGUGGUAGUGGUAGCAGCAGCCGGACGGAUGGUGAUCUCGGUAUAUUCGUGAAGAGUGUACUGCAUGGUGGUGCGGCGAGUCGUGACGGUCGGCUUAAGAUGAACGAUCAGCUGCUGAGCGUGAACGGUGUGUCCCUGUUGGGGCAGUCGAAUGCAGAAGCGAUGGACACGCUACGGCGUGCAAUGUUACAGUCAGGUGGCAGCUAUCCGGGGAAAAUAAUUCUCAAAAUAGCACGACGCAUUGCCCGUCCAGUAAGUACCGGGGAGCUGCUGGAAACGAUGGAACAACGGUCGGCGGCAGCUUCAAUCAAUGGUGCGGGUGAGGAACAGCAGAUGGGGAGUAGUGGUGCGAGCUCGGGCACAACAGUGAUCUAUCUGAGUGCCGACAAACAGUCGCAGAACGCAUCUACACAACAAACCCAACAGCAAAGCAAACGAUACAGCAAUCCCGUGCUCGAUCGGCUAACUGGUGGAUCGACAGUCGUGAACAGUACCAGUACAGGUUCACUCCAUCACACCAGCUCGCUUGGACUUGCUGCUGGAGGCAGUGGGGGAAGCAGCGAUACGUUAACCGGUGGCCAUUACAUCCGUAACAGUAGCACGAACAGCAGCACUAGUACGAUGAACAGCCAGCAGCAGCAGCAACAGCAGCAGCAUCAUGCGUCCAACAACCAAAGACCAUCGGGACAACGUGCGUUUGCACCGUCCAAUUCGUCCCUGGUGCAACCGUCACCGGCCGCCCAGCACGGUUUGCGCAACGAGAGCUAUUAUAUGGCGACCAAGGAUCACUGGAGUACGACAUCGUCCGCUACCAGCCUGAACGGUAGCAACGUUGUGCUGAUCGAGGAAGAUCCCGAACCCACCUCGCCCACGUUCCACAUCACACGCUCACUGGAAGGUAAUGGUACAGGCGCUAACGGACCGAACACCGGCGUCGGUAUACUGGGCAAUGGUAACACAUCCACUCCCAACGGUACCGACGUAACGUACGCUUCCCAGCUAUCGCUCGAAACCAAUCCACCACCGUCGGACGCAUUCAGUCGGGAUGCCAUCGGACGGCGCUCCAUGUCGGAGAAACAUCACGCUGCCAUGGAUGCGCGAGAAACCGGCACCUAUCAGCGCAACAAAAAACUGCGCGAAAAACGUGACCGUGAUAGUAAACUGCUAAUGGCGGCAGGUGCUACAGUACCCACUAAUGGUGGUUCACUCGAAUCGAUCGAUCUGCACCAGAUGGCACGGAUGAACAGUUUGAAGCAGCAACAACAGCAGGGCGAAAAUGGGAAACCAACCACAACCGCUGCACUGGCGGCCCAUUUGCUGCGUGCCGAAGCGCAAGACCAGCUGGGCGAUCUAGGACCAUCGCUUGGGAUGAAGAAAUCGUCCAGCCUGGAGUCGCUGCAGACGAUGGUGCAGGAAAUACAGAUGGCGGACGAACCGCGUGGUCCAAACGCGCUACGCACACCACGUGGCCGUGGACGGGAGGAGAUAUUGCGGGCAGUGGUCGAGCAACCGGCAGAAACGCAAGCGAAAAAACACUGGCUACUCGAGGACGGUGGUCCACCCACAUCGAUGACCACCACUUCCGGCGAGUUCCCGGACGGUGGUUUCGUGUCGCGCAACAGCCCCUUCCAAUCGUCCCUUAACGAUGGUAAAGGGGCCAAGUUGCGGGCGAAGAAGAGCGGUGGGUUGUUGCGCGGUAUCGGACACAUGUUCCGGUUUGGCAAGCAUCGCAAGGAUGUGAUUGUACCGACGGGCACAAUCACUUCCACCGGAGGAUCCUCCGGUGAGCCAGCGAUCGAUUAUACCGGUCCUGCGGCAAUUCCCUCCCAACAGCAGAGCACAUCAGCUACCGGUGGUCCGAUGCUUGACACCAGCAAUGGUACCGGGACAAUAAAAAAUGGAGGAACCAGUACGAUGGCGAAACAGCGUGCCGGUGGUAGUACAGCAAGCAGUAAUAAUGCAGCCUCCCGGUACAUUCUUUACGAUCCCAGCUCGGUUGAACGGUCGGCUUCUUCUGGUGUCGUUUACGGCCAUACACAACCUCCGCACUAUCAACCGCCACCACCACCGCCCCCGGUUACCAGUACUGGUGGUGGCGUUGGACCGUCAGCGACCGCUACCUCGAUACACCAUACGGAUGUGUUUAACCAUCGAUACUCACACUACGUCAACUACGAGGAGUUGCAGCAACAAAUUAGUAGUGUCGACCUAACGCUAGAAGAGAAAUUCGCUUCUCCGUCGGUGGGUAUCCUAGAUGUUGCUAGCAGUGAGCAGAAUAGUCCAUCUGUUAGUUGCCGCCAAUCACGUCGUCGUCGGCAGCAACAGCACGUGUACGAGCUAGUGCCCGAUGAUGGUGGUAACGAUAGUAUCGCUACCUACCAACAGAUCCAUCCAUCGUCGAACAACUCCACCCGCUCCAUGUACGACAGUAUCUCAAGCAGCUCGUCGCGCAACGGCACCAACACCGUAACACCGACGCGACACCACGCCGAUGAUAAUGGUGCCGUCUUUCCACCCGAACUGCUCGAGCGCGAUCAUCAGCUGCUUCAGCUGCAGCAACUCUGGCAGUUGCAACAGUGGCAAUGGUUGCAACAGUUACACCACCUUCACGAACGGGAACAGGAGCAGUUGAUGCUGUUGCGUCGUGUCGAGAACAGUCGCAAACAAUCGCAACGUAACAAUGGUGGUGUUGGUGUACCGUCGAACGACUGUACAGCGGUUGCUGAUGGCAAUGAGAGCAAUGGUGUAAAUGUGUAUGCGAAGGAAAAUGUUUCGAGCUGUGAGCGUACUGUUGUUGGCAGUAAGGCGACUAAUAGUGCCAACAGUAGCAGCAGCAGCAGCUACCAAUGGCAACGCGUAACGUCAUCGUCCGUUAAGUAA